AUGUCCGAACAGCAUCCAUAUCGUAAUAGCGGAAAUGGACGGGGAAGAGGACAGCGACGAGGUGGUGCAGCAGGACAGUCAAGAUCUUCGUAUGCUCCAUAUCCAGCACACGACACUCGACCAUCACCCAAGCACAGAGAGUCGGUGCAAUCUCAUUACUUGGACGAUGAACAGGAUUUAAUGUCGCUCACUGCAUCCACCAUUGAUCUGCCUCCUAGUCUUGUUUCUGCAAAAGAACAUCGUCCUAAUAGCCAUGGAAAGAUCAAUUCAAACUGUCCAUAUCCUUGCUGGCAUUUGUAUCUUCCAAACGACGAAUUUUCGUAUGAUGGUGAAUUAGUUGCUGUAGUCAGACAGUUUCAAGUGUAUUUUACUGCUCUCUUUGACAGAAAGUAUGAAACAGACAGCCAGGAAGCAUACGAUCGGCUAGUCUCUCAACCAUUGAUGCCUGUUGAUUACAAAGAUGUAUCGAGUACAUUGCCAGAUUUCGAUACUCGACUAAAAACUAGACCAUUACAACUACUUGGCUGUAUGGGUCUUGCUGCCACCGCAGUCGCAAUGAAGCUUCGUAGAAUUGACGAAGAUUUUGAUCCAGUUUAUGAUCGCAAAAUCGUUCGUAUCAUGCAUUAUCCUCUUGCAACUCCGCUCAAAGAUCUGAAAGCAAGCAAAUUCAUUUCAGUUCGUGGCACUGUGGUGCGAGUAUCGUCAAUCAGACCGCUUACGACACAGAUUGCUAUGAGAUGCACAAAGUGUGACAACAGUCAGACACAGGUGCUACAAGAUGGGAAAUUUGGACUGCCAGUGAAAUGCGAAACAUUUAGAUGCAGAGGAAAGUCGUUUCAAGCAGAUCGGUCUGCCGAUUCAUCAACCCAUACUAUUGAUUGGCAGCGCAUUAGAAUUCAAGAGAAACUCGCCGAUGAUCAGGUUGAUUCUGGCCGAAUCCCGCGUACUGUCGAGUGUGAGUUGAUACUGGAUUUGGUAGAUAGUGUUGUUCCAGGCGAUGUGGUUUCAGUAGCAGGAGUUGUAAAAGUAUUGGCAACCGAUGAAGGAAAAAAGAGAUCGGCUACACAAAUGUACUAUUUGUACAUUGAUGUCAAUUCGCUUAGCAAGGCGGGUGCUUUAUCUGUUGAUCAAGACGAUAGCACAGUUGAACAAGGAACUGGACUUGGAAAAGACUAUUUACAUUUUUCACACAGAGAGCUAAUGGGUAUCCGCCACAUCCAUGAACAGCCCGAGACAUUUAAGCUACUGGUUCAUUCUCUCUGUCCACCAAUUUUUGGCCAUGAUAUUGUCAAGGCGGGAUUGUUACUGGUUUUAUUUGGUGCACGCCGUCGUGACAAAGACGCUCAAGGUGUAUCCAUUCGAUCAGAUCCACACAUUUUGAUAGUUGGCGAUCCUGGUCUUGGUAAAUCUCAGAUGCUGGCUGCAACUGUGAGGGCAGCCCCACGAGGUGUAUAUGUAUGUGGAAACACAACCACCACCAGUGGGUUGACAGUAACUGUGUGCAAAGAUUCUGAUACUGGUGAUACGGCACUUGAAGCAGGUGCAUUGGUGUUGGGCGAUCAAGGCGUGUGUUGUAUUGACGAGUUUGAUAAGAUGGGUGAGCAUCAAGCUUUGUUAGAGGCUAUGGAACAACAGUCUAUAAGUAUUGCAAAGGCUGGCAUUAUUUGUAGUUUGCCAGCCCGUACCAGCGUGAUUGCCGCAGCAAAUCCAGUAGGAGGUCACUACAAGUUGAGUGAUAAAAAUCUUGAGCAUAUUGCCUUGCUUUCCGUUAAACUUGGCAAUAAAGCCAAAACGGUUUCAGAGAAUCUCAAAAUGAAUGGUGCACUUUUGUCGCGGUUUGAUCUGGUGUUUAUUCUAUUAGAUCGGCCAGACGAACAGAUGGAUAUGUUUCUAUCGGAUCAUAUCAUGAAGUUGCACUCUGGAGCACUCAAAUCUGUUUCUGGGUUUGAAGAAUUUGCGAAAAAUGCACCAGAGCAUCCUAAAUCAGGACUGGGAUCAUCGGGAAUUUCCGAUAGGACUUUACUAGAGUAUCUCAGAGUAGGAAAGGAUGAAGAGUUGAAUACAAUUCCAUUGCCACUGCUUCGCAAGUACAUUGCAUAUGCCCGCACCUACACCAAGCCCAGACUGAGCCAUGAAGCAGCAGCAAUAUUACAAAAAUUUUAUCUGACGCUUCGAAGUAAUUAUCGAUCGGUAGAUUCUACUCCUAUUACAACACGACAACUUGAAUCUAUGAUUCGUUUAUCCGAGGCACGAGCCAGAUCAGAGCUUCGUGAAGUUGUUACAGAACAAGAUGCACAGGAUGUAAUCCAGAUUAUGAAAAUCAGUUUGUGGGAUACUUAUGAAGACGGUUUGACUGCAACUCGUGUUUUUGGUUUCACAGGAUCCGGAACAAGUAAAAAAGGAGAGCCCAAGAGAUUUGUUGUUGAACUGCAGCGCAUUGCCAAACAAAAAAGCAGCAAUCGGUUUAGUUACGACGAGUUGUACACUGCUGCUCAAUCCAUACGACUCGAUUAUGAGCGAUUUCCGGAGAUGGUCGAGUCGCUGAACAUCCAGGGUAAUUUUAUGCUGGCUUUUGAUAGACAAUCAAGUAGACUAAUUGUUACUUUUCAAGGUUAUUUACUUAAAAAGGGGUUUAGGCAAUAUCAACUCUGCAGUGCCUAA